AUGGUUGUCGACCCAGUCGAAGCCAUGGGCCAGUUCGGCCUUAUGGUCUUGAACGCCCAUUGCGCAAUGAUACACGUCGAGAAGGAGAGCGAGGAGGCAGAGGUGAGCCUCGCAAGCAAAGCUACCGAGGCCGAGCAGCUCCGAUCUACCUUGCACAAGUCUGGGGAGGAGCAUGCAGCUCUCAAGGCCCAAGUUGAGGAGGCUCAAAAGGAGAGGGACCAGAAGAAGUUCGGCCUUGUGGUCAUGAAUGCCCAUUGCGCAAUGAUACACAUCGGGAAGGAGAGCGAGGAGGUAGAGGUGAGCCUCACAAGCAACGCUACCAAGGCCGAGCAGCUCCGAUCUACCUUACACAAGUCUGGGGAGGAGCAUGCAGCUCUCAAGGCCCAAGUUGAGGAGGCUCAAAAGGAGAGGGACCAGAUGAAGUUCGGCCUUGUGGUCUUGAACGCCCAUUGCGCAAUGAUACACGUCGGGAAGGAGAGCAAGGAGGCAGAGGUGAGCCUGGCAAGCAAAGCUACCGAGGCCGACCAGUUCCGAUCUACCUUGCACAAGUCUGGGGAGGAGCAUGCAGCUCUCAAGGCCCAAGUUGAGGAGGCUCAAAAAGAGAGGGACCAGAUGAAGGUCGAGCUAGUCUUGCCCAAGUAUCCAAUCUUAUUGACCAAUUCAGAGAGUAAUCGGAUCACGCACGCGAGGCAAGUGGAGGCUUCGACGAGGUCUUGGAAGCUGUUGAUUAGUCCUGACCUCCUCUACCGGUCAAGACUUGCCCCCUCCAUGCCAGGUACAUUUGGUUGA